AUGACCGAGUCAAAGCAGGAGCAAAUCGACCGGCGUCAAGCCAACCUGCCACUGCCGGAGCAGCCUCCCGUCGCCUCAGACUGGCAGUCGGCCGACGCGAGAAACGUCAAUGUCGGCUCGGGCAGGUUCGCAUCCGACAUCUCGACGGGUGAUGCAUCAUCGACCGGGCUGCGUGAGCCCGCCACCGUCGGCGCGGGCGUCGACAUGAGCGGUAUUGGGAGGCAAGGGAAAGAGGGACUGUCGGAGCCGCCCAAGGAUGCAUCCAAGGUAUAA